UGCCAUGACCUUCAUCUUCACAGCCGUGCUCUAUCUGGGGCUGAAUCUGGGCCAAGAGACCUCGGGGUUGGAAGGGAAUCCCCACAAGCCAACCCUCAGUGUUCAGCCAGGAUCAUUGGUUGCCAGAGGGAAGCAGGUUACCAUCUUAUGUGAGGUGACGACAGGGGCCCAGGAAUACCGUCUUUUUAAAGAGGGGGGUCCACAUCCUUGGCGCACAAAGAACACUCCGAAGGCCACAAACAAGGCUCACUUCUUGAUCUCAUCAAUUGAACAACAACAUGGAGGGAUAUACCGCUGUUACUAUAAGACCCCUUCAGGGUGGUCAGAGCACAGUGAUCCUCUAGAGCUUGUAGUGACAGGACUCUAUAGUAAACCCAGCCUAUCCAUCCAGACCAGCACUGUGGUGACCUCAGGGGAGACUGUGACCCUUCAGUGUGUCUCACAACUGGGAUUUAACAGGUUUGUUCUGACUAAGGAAGGAGAACAGAAGCCGUCCUUGAUCCGGGACUCAGAGUUUAUAAACUCUACUGGGCAAUUCCAGGGCCUGUUUCCUGUGGGCCCUGUGAUCCUCAGCCAGAAGUGGAUGUUCAGAUGUUAUGGCUAUUAUGUCAACAGCCCCCAGGUGUGGUCAGAACCCAGCGAUCUCUUGGAAAUACAUGUGUCAGAAGCAGCUCAGCCCCUCGGGCUAUCACCAAACAUAUCACACCCCAAGACAGUUUCACAGCACCAGGAUUACACGAUGGAGAAUCUCAUCAGGAUGGGGGUGUCAGUCUUCAUUCUUGUGAUUCUUGGCAUUCUGCUGUUUGAAGCUCAGCAUAGCCAAAGACGGACACAACAUGCAGCCGGAAGAGAAAGCAGUACAUUUUUCAUGGUUGCAGAGACCUGGGGAUAAGUCUAAGGAUCUCAGGUGGUUCUGUAAGAAAAAUCUGGGACUAUAGUGGGGAACCAUUUUCAGAGAACAUACAAGGGAGGAAAAGUGAUUUGAGCAUAGGGAAGCACCUGGGUAGUCUGGUGGAAAGGUCUUCUAUAGCCAAUCAUUUGGCUAUCUCUUCACCUUGAUGUAUAUGUUAGCUGACAGUCUUCUCUCUCUUUCCACCUCCAAUAAAGAGGAAGGAACAGUCCUGUUUCAUCGGUCAGGUUUGGGUCCUAAUUUUGUGUAUCUUCUGCCUUCCCCCUUUUCCUUUAUUAUAU